AUGACUGAUCAUACCUCUUCAUUUUCUGGAGCCAACACAGAACACGGGGAUGAAUUUGUAUCAGAAGAGAAUGACGAUGACUUGGAAGAUGAACCGAAGCCCCUGGAUCACUACAUACGGGAGGGGAUGAAACAAUUACACCAGGAGCAGCUGCUCUGUGAUACAACCAUUGUGGCUGGUGGUGAGCGGUUUCCAUGUCACAGGAUGCUGCUCGUGGCCAUCAACCCGUACUUCCGAGCCAUGUUCUCCAGCUCCUUCCGAGAGUCCCGGGAAGGUGAGGUCCUGCUGAAAGGCAUUGAUCCUGCCAUCGUCCAAAUGGUGGUGACCUAUUGCUACACCGAGGAGGUUGUCCUCAGGCCAGAGAUGGCUCAAGACCUCUUUGUGGCAGCCAGCCGGCUCCAGAUCCUCCCACUGCUAGAAAGCUGUUCCAGGUUUCUCUUAGAACGGAUUUCUGUGGAGAAUUGCCUCAGCUUGUAUGAACUGGGUUAUGCACACAAUGACCCAGCCCUCCAUCAGCAAGCGGAGAGCCUGGUUGUCUUACAUUUCAAGCAGCUCUCCGCGGAAGACCAAAGUUUCCUCAACCUGAACCCCUGCACUGUGGCUAGCAUCAUCUCCUUGAAUAACCUGAUGAUUUCCUCAGAACUCGUGGUCUACAAGGCCGUGUUGCGGUGGGUGAUGGCCCAAGCAACCAGCCGUCGCUCGUUCCUGACACAGCUGCUAAGGAAUGUCCGCCUCCCACUGUUGACCCAAGAGGAGCUGAGGGAGGUGCAGUCGGAGUCCACACACUACCGGGACUUCCGUCUGAGGUGGAAGCGCCUCAACCGGCAAGAGAGACUGCAGGAGAGCGGUGGCCUGAGACAAGGGAUGUACAACACCUGCAUUGUGUGCGUGGACCUCUUCAGCAUGGAGGGACCUGACCUGAAAACCAAGGAUUUUCAGGUGGCCUGUUUGGACCCGCAAACAGAGACAUGGGAAAAGCUGCCCCUUUUGAAGUGCUUCUACUGCGCCCGUUGCGUGGCCAUGGGGGACAAGCUGUACGUCACAGGUGGAGUCCACACAGAUGACACAUAUUCGAAUAAUUUGCAUGAAUACAGCCCUUUAAGGAAUCGCUGGAUUCAGCUCCCCUCCAUGUCUGUGGCACGGGCCUCCCACGGGUUUCUGGCUUGUGGCCAGAAGCUCUUUGCCGUGGGCGGCUGGUUCAGUUACGAGUAUUACCUUGACACAGCCGAGAGCUUUGACUUGGUUGAGAAGUCCUGGACACCCAUCGCCAACAUGCCCGUUGCACUCAGCCAUUUUGCCUCUACGGUUCUAAAGAAUAGACUGUACCUGAUCGGUGGGGUCUCGGAUUCUGCAGGCACGUGGUACGCCUCUAGGAAGAUCCUGAUCUACAACAUCACCACGGACCUGUGGAGCCAAGUGCUCAUGGAUAACGAGUGCUAUUGGUCCGGUGCCGUGGCCAUGAACAGUGGGAUCUACGUGGUUGGAGGUUAUUUCCGGAGGAGAACGAGGGGUCGCACCGAGAGGUGGCCUGGCUGGGGAAACCUGCGCUGCUCGCGGAGGUGCUUUUUCCUGCAGGAAGACGGGAAGGUAGACAGGAGUGUCCACAUCCCGUGGCUGCCGGUGAAGCUGGCGGGAGCUGCCGUGGUGCGCUGGAAGCAUCGGAUCUAUGUCCUGGGAGGGGAGAAUACCUGUUUGUACAAUGACCCCGAAGGCGAGGAUGAGAAAUAUUACAACACAGUUUACUACUGGGAGCUGGGGGCCAGCAGCUGGACUCUGUGCAAAGAUAGACUGCCCUUCACCGGCUGGGGACUCAGCGGCUUUGGAUGCACGACCAUGAAGUUCCCCAAAAAGCCCAUCCUGGAGCUUUUCCGAAAGACAUCAGUGGCCUUGACGGCCAUUGACACAGGGAUGCUCUAG